UGCUUUUUUUUUUUUUUUUUCUUUUAUUGUUGACGAAUACGGAUUAUUGCACAGAGCAAGAUGGCCUCCCCUUUGAAUGAUGCUGUUAAACUUCCUUGCGGGUUGGUCUUGCCUAACCGGUUUGCCAAGGCCGCAAUGGCGGAAAUGUUGGCCGAUUGGGACCACAACCCAACCCCCGACCUAAUCGAAGCCUACAAUCAAUGGGGCCAAGGCGGAUGGGGCGCGAUUCUCACCGGAAACGUCCAAGUCGACAUAAACCACCUAGGAAGCCCCCUCGACCUCGCCCCACCCUCCACCUACACCACCGCAGACCAAAACCCCACCCUCGUGCAAUCCUGGGCCAAAUACGCAGAAGCAUGCCAGCAACACGGCACCCCAGCCAUCGUCCAGCUCUGCCACCCAGGUCGCCAGUCGUUCCGUGGCGCUGGCAAACGGGGCCUUUUUGCGUCGACUGUUGCGCCUAGUGCGGUUCCGUUGAGGAUUGGGGAGGGGUGGUUUGAGUGUGCUGUGAGUAGGGUUGCUUUUCCGGUGUCGAGGGAGAUGACACGCGGAGAGGUUGAGGGUGUUGUUGGGCAGUAUGUGGAUGCGGCGAGGUUGAUGGCUGAUGCUGGGUUUUCGGGGGUGGAGUUACAUGGGGCGCAUGGGUAUUUGAUUGAUCAAUUCUUGAAUCCGAAGACAAACCUUCGCACAGAUGAAUACGGAGGCUCCGUUGAGAAGAGAACCAAAUUCGUCCUGGACAUCAUAACAGAAACCCGAAAAGUCGUCCCUGCAAACUUUGCCAUCGGCAUCAAGCUCAACUCCGCAGACCACAGCUCCGACAAUUUCGAAGACACCAUGACCCAGAUCAAGUUGCUCACAGAAACCGGAAUCGACUUCCUUGAAGUCAGCGGUGGAAGUUACUCAGACCCAAAGAUGAUGGGCUACAGCGACCAAUCCCAACUCGAACAACCCCAACAACCCACCCGCACCUCUGCCCGCGAAGCCUUCUUCCUCUCCUUCGCAACCGAAACCCGCGCCCGCUUCCCAAACCUCAUCCUAAUGCUAACAGGCGGUUUCCGCACGCGCGCCGGCGCCGAAGACGCCAUAAAACAGAAUGCCUGCGAUAUCAUCGGUAUUGGUAGACCGGCGGCUGUGAAUCCGAAGUUCCCGCAGUUGUUGCUGGAUGAGAGUCUUUCGAAUGGGGAGGCGGGGUUGCCGUUGAAGAAGGUGGGAUUGCCGUGGUAUGCGCGGUUAAUUCCGAUUAAGGUGAUUGGGGCGGGGGCUGAGAGUAUAUACUAUGGAGGCCAGAUUAAGCGAAUAGGCAAGGGCCUUACUACGUCUGCUCCUGCUUAGGUUAUUCUGGGGAUAAUACGAUCGCUCGAGUGCGUCAUGAAUGGACUAGUAGAACCAGAACAUGAGUACCUCUUACAGAUAAUAAUGAAUUCUUAACCUGAAGUAACCGAAGACAUGUCUAUCAGAAACUAAUGCAUAAC